AUGCCCAACUCCUCAAACAUGCCCAUCCUCUUCUUCCUUCUACCCACUGCCACGCUCCUCUUUGUGGCCUAUGCCUUUCACAGGCGAAAGCCCAAGCAAACCAACCUCGUCCUCUACGUCCACGACUACUUCAGCGGCGACGACGCCUCCGCCGUCACGGUCGCAGGCAAACUCGGUGCAGCCUCUAACAUCCUGCAGUUCGGCACCGUUGCGGUGGUCGACGAUGUGGUCACCGAGAGGCCUGAAGUGGACUCCAAGGUAAUAGGCCGAGCUCAGGGCUUGUAUAUAAACUCGGCUUUGGAUGGGAUGGCAUUGUACAUGGUCUUCUCGGUGACGUUAACCGAGGGGCAGUUCAAGGGAAGCACGCUGGAGAUCCAAGGAGCCGAUCCGUUUAAGCUCAAGGAGCGCGAGUUUGGAGUUGUAUCUGGGACUGGGUUCUUUCGGUUUGCCAAGGGAUAUGGUAUCAUGGAGACGCAGCACUUGGACGUGGCUACCUUGAGAGCAAUAAUCAAACUCAACUUGACCAUCAGGCAUGAAUAG